UAAAAAGGGAAAUUUAGGAAACGAGACGGUAAUAACCCUUUCCUCACAUUGGUUAAAGAGAAUUGCACCUUUCCCUUGUAGUAUGUCUGGACGCGGGAAACAAGGAGGCAAGGCGCACGCCAAAGCCAAGACGCGCUCGUCGCCGGCCAGGCUCCAGUUUCCCGUGAGCCGCGUGCACCGGCUGUUCCGCGACAAGAUGCGCAUCAUCCCGCGCCAUCUGCAGGGGGCCAUCAGCAACGACGAGCUACACAAGCUGCUGAGCAAGGUCACCAUCGCGCAGGGUGGCGUCCCGCCCAACAUCCAGGCCGCAUUGCUGCCCAAGAAGACCGAGAGCCACCACAAGGCCAAGGGCAAGUGAAGAUUUUAAACCACUACCCCUGCUCCCGGAUGCCGAAAUCUUUUAAGAGCCACCCAUGUUUUCCUAGGACUGGUACCAAAGCCACCUAGGAUUUCUGAAAACCCACAUCGUGCACGCCCCUAUGCGUCCCACCGCACCCCACAAGGCGCUGCAAACACACCAGUCCCAAAAAGCUCAGCUCUUUCCUGAAAGUAGUGGGUGGCUCUGAAAAGAGCCUUUGAGAUUUCAAAG